AUUACCACUCACUAUCAGAUCGUCAUCACCGUUCUUACAUGCAGCCGACUGUUGCUGUUACCUUUCAAUCUCUAUACCUUUUAACUUCCAUACCCGUCUAGAGAUAAUCAAAAGCCAACAAUCAUCUUCCGGUCGGCACAAUGUCGCGCCAUCAAGCGUACCGCAAUUACGAUUACGAGAAUGACCUUGACGAAUACGAAGGCGAUGGAUAUUCAGACGGCGAAGAAGAACUAAGUCCAGAAGAUCGAGCCCAGAUGGAGGUUGGCACUGCUGAAGUUCGAGCUGCCCUCGGAACUGAGUCAUCAAAGGUUACAACUCAACAAAUCCAAGAAGCGCUUUGGCAUUACUACUAUGAUAUCGAUAAAUCUGUAGUUUACUUAACGACUAAGUUUAUCGCCCCUUCGAAUAAGAACAAGAAGAAAGAUCUAGCUCCAAGUCCAGAUGAUGUAGUCUUAACGGCACAAUCCCAAGCAAGCAGUAAGAAGAUCGCUGCUAGUACAUCUAAGAAGAAGGCCGACUUGGGAGGGAAGGGCGACGAAGUAACAGAUAAUGUGAAAGGCCUAAAACUCGACGAUGCGCCAUUGCCCAAAAGCAAAAACCUCGAUGUGCUAAAGGAGUUUGACAAGAAUAAAGGCAAAAAGAGCGCAAGUUUUGUAGUUGUUGGUCAUGUGGAUGCUGGCAAGAGCACUCUGAUGGGCCGCUUACUGCUCGAUCUCAGCGUCGUCGACCAAAGGACUAUACAAAAGUACCGGAAAGAAGCUGAGAGCAUAGGAAAAUCUUCAUUUGCGCUUGCAUGGGUUUUGGAUCAACGGUCAGAAGAGCGGUCGAGAGGCGUAACUAUCGACAUUGCGACGAAUAAGUUCGAGACAGAAAACACAUCAUUCACAAUCCUAGACGCACCCGGCCACCGCGACUUCAUCCCCAACAUGAUUGCGGGUGCAAGUCAGGCAGACUUUGCAAUUCUAGUAGUCGACGCUACGACUGGAGCAUUCGAGGCAGGACUCAAAGGGCAGACAAGAGAGCAUUCUCUGCUCAUUCGGAGCAUGGGAGUAUCUCGCGUAAUCGUCGCCAUCAACAAGCUAGACACAGUUGGGUGGUCACAAGAACGAUUCGACGAGAUUUCGCAACAAGUUUCCGGCUUUUUAUCAGCGACGGGGUUUCUGCUUAGAAAUAUCAGCUUUAUUCCUGUAUCUGGUUUGCACGGAGACAACAUAACGAAGAGGUCUACAGACGCGGCGGCUAGCUGGUAUGCAGGAAAAACGCUUGUCGAAGAAUUGGAGAGCUCGGAGCCGAUGACUCGGGCAUUGCACAAACCUCUGCGCCUGACAAUUUCCGAGGUCUACCGUUCGCCACAGAGCCCACUUACAGUCUCUGGCCGGAUAGAUGCCGGAUCAUUGCAGUCAGGAGACGCACUCCUCAUCCAACCCAGUGGAGAGAAGGCGUAUGUCAAAUCUUUGGAACUCGAUCACGAAUCGGUAGACUGGGCGGUGGCCGGACAAAACAUAGUCAUCCACCUCAGCAAUAUCGACCCAAUCCAUGUACGCGUUGGCGAUAUCAUCUGCGACACAAAACAACCAAUCACUUGCACUGACACAUUCACUGUCAAAGUUCUCGCUUUUGACAUCCUAAUGCCAAUGCAGGUGGAUGUGCACAGAGGCCGCCUACACGCGGCAGGUCAAAUUUUAGAGAUAGCGGCGCUCCUCGAUAAGACCAGAGGUACGGUGCUGAAGAAGAAACCUAGGAUCGUGAAGCCGGGGAGUGUCGCGAGGGUGGUGGUGAAGAUGGGAACGAAGGUACCGCUAGAGGCAGGCCAACGAAUUAUUUUGAGAAGCGGAGGCGAAACGGUCGCUGCCGGGUUAUUGGAAUGAGCUGUUCGGACGCUUCGGUAUAGAAACGCAUUUUUAAACAGUUACGCAGAUACCACAAAUGAUCAUCGGUGCAAAGUGUGAUAGGGAGCAAAGACUACUGGAUUACUCGGGGAAGUAGCAUAGUAACAGCGUGAGCGAUGAGAACUAGCUACUACACAAAA